AUGAGUAUGCGUUUCCACAUGAUAAUCUUAGUACCACUCUUGCAUGUAGUUAGCGUCGAGUUCACGACGUGCAAUAUACCGACAAGGAACGAAACACGUUUGUCGAAUUAAGACCAAAUCAGUAUGGCUACUGCAUCAGAUCUUGCUUCCGUGAAGCAAAUGGAAACUUUGUUACAGUGUUCUGUUUGUAUGGAGACAUUGACUCAACCACGGACAUUGUCAUGCUACCAUUCGUUUUGUAAACACUGCUUGGAGAAUUAUGUUGCCGCUCAGCGCGAGAAGGCCGUUGAAGCUAAAGCGAAAGUACCAGAAAUCUUUGAAUGUCCAUUAUGCCGCACGGAGUUUUCAGUCAAAGAAGGGGAAAAUAUUGGCGAGAAAAUGCCAGCAAACCACUUUAUUAACAACCUGUUGGAAUUGCUCAGCAUACAGCAACAAGCCCAUCAUGUAAAAUGCCAGUCGUGUAAGUCGAACGCUUCUGCAGCCAGCAGAUGCAUAUCGUGUGAGAAAUUUCUGUGUGGAAAGUGUCUGGAAACCCACAACAACUGGACAGACUUUGAGAAUCAUGUCGUGUUUACGUUGGAAGAAUUAGCGAAGCCAGAAAAUCGAGCGAAGGUAAAGGGCAAAUCUCGUUGUGAGAAACACGACAAAAUACUCAAAUUCUACUGCGAAACAUGCAAAGUCCUUGUUUGUCGAUACUGCAUGGAACUUAAUCACACUCGGCCUGAACAUACGUGGUUCCCUUUGACAGACGUUGUUGUACAGCACAAGGAAGCUUUGAAAGCAUUUUCCGGUAUAUUCGAGAAGCAAAAAAAUGAUGCAGCCGAGAGUAAUCGUAAGAUUGCAGACGCAAUGGCGACCCUGAAGAACAACGCAACAAAAGCAAGUGACGCCAUCAAGCAGCAACAACAGAAUAUUCUGAAUGCGUUUACCAAGAAACUCGAGAAAGAAACAACAGCCUUGCUUGACCAAGUUGAGAUGAAAUACAGAGUAGCUAACGAGCCCCUGUUGAAACAACAAGCUAACGUGAAAGCUUAUUUCCAAAAGGCGAAAAGCUCGUUGUAUUUUACCAGGAGUAUUCUCUCCAGUGGAAGCGACGAGGUACUCCUUGCUCUCAAACACGAGAUUGAGGAAAAAGCUGGGAGCAUUGAGAAUGAACGACCAGAAAAUAUGGACCCAAUCCACGAUGGCCUUCUUGAAUAUCAUCCAAAGCUAACCGAAAACAUCAUGGAGAAUUUGAAAUUAAACGACUUAGGAAUAAUUGCCAACCCUGUGCAGCAGUCCUUAUGUGAGAGAUCAACCAUCUUGGAGGGUAACAUUAAAUAUGCAAAGCAACUUGUAGAGUGGAUGGAAGAUACGAAGUUUGGUUGGCAACUUUGUUAUCGAGCUUCACGCGAUGGUUGGAACGCAAACGUUUUUCAUAGAAAGUGUGACGAUGUUGCACCUACGUUGACCUUGGUGAAAUGUGGAACCAACAUCUUUGGUGGUUUUAGUGAUCAAAGUUGGAGACAGACAUCAGUUCACUUGAUGGAGUUUAAAAGUUCCAACUCGUCAUUUCUGUUUUCAUUGAAAAAUAAAGAGAACAUGCGGCCAUUCAAGUGUCCGAUCAAGGAUGGUAAAAAUGACACAGCAAUCUGGUGUCAUCCUAACUGGGGAGCAAUCUUUGGUGUUUAUGAUCUGCUCAUCGGCUCGAAUGCCAACAGAAACCAAACUUCAUCCAGCAACCUUGGUGACAGGUAUCAACCACCCCCAGGAUAUGAACCUGGAGCACCUCAAACUAAAGCUCUGUUGGCGGGCAGCUGCACUUUCACCCCAUCAGAAAUCGAAGUUUUUCACAGUUAAAACGAAGGUACUCACAUUGGCUUCUUUCAACGGACAGGCAAAAAGCCCAGUGACAAGCCUCGUCCAACAGCAUCAGUGAACAAACUUCGCAAAGCCAUCGAUGGAACUUCUAGUUUUGCUGAAGUAAACGACAUUAAAGUCCAUACAACUCCAUGGCAAGCAGUCAGUACAGUACAGAGGGGAUUAAGAAAGGAGACUGUUUUGUAAUUUGCC